AUGGAAGCCAGCCGGCGGGAGCGUGACCGCAUCCGGUCCACGACAGCAGCAGCCCUCAAGGCGCAGCUACGGGAACAGGUCCUGCGGGAGCUGGCCCGCGAGCAGCAGCGCCGAGCUAAGGCAGAAGCUAAGAGGCUAGCCCGCGAGCUGUCAGCGGCAGAGAAGCCGCGCGCCCGUGAGGUGGCCGAGCUGGCCGCGCUGGAGGCUCUCCUGGAGCCCGAGAAGGCCGCAGCCGUCGCCAGCCGCAAGAAGGCCGCCAGCGCCCGCGCAAGGGCCGCCAAACAGACCGAGGCAGACGACCGGCACAAGACAGCCCAGGCCGCAGCACAGGACCGCCUCCAUGCCAGCGCGGCCAGGCGGCCCAGGCCGGGCACUUCGACUGUCCUCCGGCAAGACCAACAAGCCCACGACGAAGCACCUCCGUGGGAAUGA